CACAUGGGGCUGGUCAACCACACUAUGGUGACUCAUUUCAUCCUCUUAGGGAUCCCCAACACCGACGGUCUCCAGACCAUCCUCUUCGUCACCUUCUUAGCCUUCUACCUCUGCACCCUGCUGGGCAACCUGCUCAUCUUCUCAGCCAUCCUCACUGACGCCCGCCUGCACACCCCCAUGUACUUCUUCCUCUGCAACCUCUCCAUGCUGGAUAUUGGUUUUUCUUCUAUCAGCACUCCCAAAAUGCUGGUUAAUCUCUGGGUUCGGAGCAGGGUCAUCUCGCUGGGCGGGUGCAUGUCCCAGGUCUUCUUCUACCACUUCUUGGGCAGCACCGAGUGCCUGCUCUACACCGUCAUGGCCUACGACCGGUACGUGGCCAUCUGCCACCCGCUGCGCUACCUGCUCAUUAUGAACUGGAGGGUGUGCGCCCUCCUGGCCGCCGGCACCUGGAUCGCCAGCUCCUUCCACGCCACCAUCCUCACCAGCUUGACCUUCACGCUGCCCUACUGCGGGUCCAACGUGGUGGACUAUUUCUUCUGUGACAUCUUCCCAAUGGUCAAGCUGGCCUGUGCAGACACGUACAUCAUUGAGAUGGUGACCUUCACCAACACUGGCAUGGUGCCCAUGACCUGCUUCCUCCUCAUCCUCGCCUCCUAUGUCAGGAUCGUCUACUCUGUCCUGAAGAUGAACUCAGCUGAAGGGCGGCGCAAAGCAGCCUCCACUUGUGCCUCACAUCUGGCGGUGGUGACGCUGUUCUUUGGACCCUGCGCCCUGAUCUACACUCAGCCCCAGCUGAGCAAAGUGCUGGUGACCCCUGUGCAGAUCUUCGGCAACGUGGUCACGCCCAUGCUGAAUCCGGCCAUCUACACGCUGAGGAACAAGGAGGUGAAAGCGGCUCUGAGAAAACUGAGAGGGGGAAGAUUGCCCCCUCGGUGGAAUUUUAUCCGUUGAUCACUGAGACCGUGGUGUCCAGACAUGGCUCAGAUAGGAAUCAGGCCACUACUAUGCAGGUUUACACCCAUGUGCCUUUUAACCCGGUGGACCUAGCAGCCUUUAAGGCACAGGCAGGGGAAUUCUCUACGAACCCAAGCAAGUUUAUCUCGGUCUUUGAAGGGUGCCUGGCUAGCUGUAAGCCUGACUGGGAUGACUGUAAUGUCCUUAUGCAGACCCUGCUGUCUGAGGUGGAGCGUAAUCAGGUUGUGUCUAAAGAA